AUGGAUAAAAGAGACUGACGAACGUAAUAGGCGGGCCUACAAACAGUGCAGUGGGAGUGUAAGACUCAAGAAUGAGAAAACAUGGCUGAGGCUAUCGUUACUGAUGUUGCUAAGGAAAUACUAAGCAAGCUGAUUUCACUUGUUACUGAGCAGAUCAAUCUUGCUUGGGGUUUCAAGGACGAGCUAACACAGCUUCGUCAGUCAGUGGAGAUGAUCCAAGAUCUGUUGGCUGAUGCAGAGAGAAAGCAAGUGACUGACCUGUCGGUGAAGCGCUGGCUGCAGAGGCUUAAAGACCUUGCUUAUGAUGCUGAUGACGUGCUGGAUGAGCUUGCUUACGAGAUUCUCCGGCGAAAGGUAGAGAUCCGAAAUCAAAUGAAAAGAAAGGUAUGCUUCUUCUUUUCAUUUUCAAACCCCAUUGCAUUUCGUAUCAAGAUGGCUAACAAAGUUAAGACCAUUAGCGAGUCGCUAAAAAAGAUUAAUGAAGAAGCAGAUGGAUUUGGACUUACUAGAGCAAAACUAGUAAAUGCAAAUCCUGAGAUAAUCCCAAACCGAGAGACAGACGCCUCUGUUGAUCAUUCAGAAAUUGUAGGAAGGGAAAAUCAUGUCUUAGAAAUAGUAGACUUGCUGCUACGUGCAACCAAUCAACAACUCUCGGUCAUUCCUAUUGUAGGAAUGGCAGGUUUGGGGAAGACAACUGUAGCAAAACUUGUGUACAAUCAUGAGCUAGUAAAGAGACAUUUUGAUGAGACAAUCUGGGUCUGUGUCUCUGAUGAUUUCAAUGAUAAAAGGAUUUUGAGAGAGGCUCUAGAAUCCCUUACCGAGAAGCCAAGUGCAUAUGAAAAUAAGAAUACAAUAUUAGAAUGCCUAAAAAAGGAGUUGCAAGGCAAAAGAUAUCUUCUCAUACUUGAUGAUGUAUGGAAUGAAGAAUCUGUAAAAUGGGAUAAUUUAAGGAAUUGUCUCUUAGGAAUUAAUUCGAGUGUGGGAAACAGCAUUAUUUUAACAACCCGUAGUGAUAAUGUGGCAAAAAUCACAGAGACACUUCCACAACAUAACUUGAAAAAACUAUCUAAAGAUGAAUGCUGGUCCAUCAUCAAGAAAAAAGUAUCUCUUAAUGAAAGAGUUCUACUAACUCCAGAGUUAGAGGAUAUUGGAAGGGAUAUUGCAAAAAAAUGUGGAGGGGUCCCAUUAGCUGCAGAAGUCCUAGGAGGGACGAUGUCUCGUAAAAAGGAGAAAAGUGAAUGGCUAGCGAUUCAAAACAAUGAAAUUUGGAAUUCACUAAAUGGUAGUAAUGAAAUGUUACCAAUAUUAAAAUUAAGCUUUGAUCAUCUUCCAUCACCAUCUCUUAAACAAUGUUUUGCAUAUUGUUCAAUUUUUCCUAAAGAUUAUAGGAUUAAUAAGGAAGAAUUAAUUCAGCUUUGGAUGGCCGAAGGGUUCCUUCAACCCUCACUAGGAAGUUGUCUAGUGAUGGAGGAUAUUGGUAAUAGGAAUUUUGAUAUCUUAUUGGCAAAUUCCUUAUUCCAAGAUGAGGAAAAGGAUGAUUAUGAUAAUAUUAUCAUAUGCAAGAUGCAUGAUUUGGUACAUGAUCUAGCUCUCUUAGUAUCAAAAUCUGAGACCCUAAUUUUAAAUGAGGAUUUGGUAGAUGAUAUCAGCCUUGUACGACGUUUGGUGAUCCAAUCUAAUAGCAAAACUAUACCGAGAAUUCCAUUUUUAAAACAUGGUGUCUACAAAUUGCGCACAUUUAUUUCAGAAAAUGCUGCACUUGGCAACACAAUAUUCAAUUUUGAAUACUUGCGUGUUUUAAAAUUAUAUGGAGAAAGUAUAAAAGAAUUGCCAAGUUCAAUUGGCCUAUUAAUACAUUUGAGACUUCUCAGCAUCUUUAGUACCUCCAUCAAAGCGUUGCCAAAGGCCAUUACCAAGCUCUACAAUUUGCAAACUUUAAGAAUCGAAGGUUGUUAUAAUCUCAAAGAGCUUCCAGAAGAUCUAAAAAAUUUGAUUAAUUUGAGACAUAUUUAUUUUUAUGGGCAAACACCUAAAGGCUUAGGGCAGUUGACUUGUCUGCAAACUUUGCAAUGUUUUAUUGUGGGUCAAGGCACAGGUUUUCGGAUCGAAGAAUUGGGAAGCUUAAAUCAACUAAAAGGAAAACUAAUCAUCCGUAGGCUAGAGCAUGUGAAAGAUAAAGAAGCCUCCAAAAACGCCAAAUUAGUAGAAAAGGCCAAAGUAUACGAGUUGGGAUUUUACUGGAGUGGGAAUAGAGAAGGCAACCACAAUAAUGAUGAAGAGGUUUUGGAAGGACUCCAACCUCACCGAUAUUUAAAGAGCUUAACAAUUAAUGGUUUUGGAGGGGAGAAAUUCCCAUCAUGGAUGUUGACAAGUCGUGAUGCAAGGGAUGGCUUUUUGCUAUAUGACAAUUUGAUUAAUAUCCAAUUAAUUAGUUGCAAGAAAUGUGAGGUUCUUCCCACUCUCGGGCUUCUACCUUGUCUUAGGGAUCUUGAAAUACAUGGUAUGGAUAAUUUGAAUGGACGGAUGCGAUGGAGCCAACAACAACGGGAACGGUGUUUCCUUGCCUUAAGACUUUGA